AUGGGUAAAGCUAAGAAAACAAGAAAGUUCGGUCUGGUGAAGAGAACAUUAAACACUAAGAAAGAUCAAAGAUUGAAGAAAAAUCAGGAAGACGUUAAAGAUAAAGAAGACCCUGAGUUGACUAGAAAUGUACCACAAGUAUCAAGUGCACUUUUCUUCCAGUACAAUGAAGCCAUAAAGCCACCUUAUCAAGUGCUGAUAGAUACUAAUUUUAUAAAUUUCUCCAUUCAAAAAAAAGUUGACAUUGUUAGAGGCAUGAUGGACUGCCUACUCGCAAAAUGUAAUCCACUGAUCACAGACUGUGUAAUGGCGGAAUUAGAAAAAUUGGGACCUAAGUAUCGUAUUGCUUUGAAACUGGCCCGCGAUCCAAGGAUAAAAAGACUCAGCUGCUCGCACAAGGGCACAUACGCAGACGAUUGUUUGGUGCAUAGAGUUUUACAACAUAAGUGUUACAUUGUGGCUACGAAUGAUGCUGGUCUGAAGCAAAGAAUUAGGAAGAUCCCUGGUAUUCCUUUAAUGAGUGUCGGGGGCCAUGCAUACGUCAUCGAAAAAUUGCCAGAUGUCUUUUAA